AUGAGGCUCUCAGCUGGCAUGCUGAAAGUCGCUUGGCUGGUGGUGCAGCUGCCGGCCCUUUCCAUUGCCGUGGUCCAUAGAUCAGGGGCAAGCGCCUACCCGGCGCUGGGCCACGUGCAAGAGACCUGCAGCGGGAAGAACAUCACCUGCGGCCACGGCAAGAUCCUGGUGCCCUAUCGGGAGUGCGACGGGGACACUGCCAAAGCCUGUGACGAGGAGGACUGCUGUGAGGAGAAGACCUCCUGUCAGGCUGUUGACCUCACCUGCGACCAGGGCCACGUGAAGAUCGACGGGGCGCGCUGUGGAAACAUGACCUAUGAGAGCUGUACCAAAGAGACCUGCUGCGAGCCAGUCUACGACUGCGCCAUGCUCCAGGUGGACAACCCCAGCUUCUGCGGGGUGCACGGGACGCUGGACGGCUCCCGGAGCUGCCCGGGCAGCCGCGGCGCCAGCUGCAGCUUCGCCUCCUGCUGCAGGUCCGCCAAGAUGUGCGGGGCGCUCCCGCUGACCCAGAGUUUGGUCAUGUGCACGGGGGAGGAGGUCUUCAAAGCCUCCAACGUCUGUUUGAACGACCUCUGCGACGCCAGCGCCUGCUGCGCACCGCGGGCCACCUGCGCCUCCGCGCUGCAGACCGUCAGCUGCGGGCUGGAGGGCAACUUCCGGGUCGGCAACAGCUGCAGAGGAUCCGACAGCAGCACUUGCUCCACGGAGACCUGCUGCGAACCGAAGGUGCGGUGCGGCGAGCCGGCGCAGCGCCCCGGGCUGGCCUGCCUGCUGACGCAGGUCUGGAAGUCGGACGGCACCUGCGAGGAGGGCUGCGCGGCAGACGACUGCUGCGAGGACAAGGAGACUUGCGAGGGGCUGGAGGAGCUGUGCGGCGCAGGGGAAGUUCUCAUGCCCAACGCCUUGUGUGAGCUUCGGGCGGAUUUGGCCCGCAAGGGAGGCACUACGGAUGAUUGGAACUACGGUUUGAACCUGGGCCUCAUCGGCAGCGACCUCGACUGGAUCGACGCGAGGGCAAUCCAGGACCGGGCACGCUCAGCGGCGGACAACUUGAUGUCGAAGGGGGCCUACCUGGAAUACGAGUGCUACGAUGCCAGGGGCCGCAGCCAAGGGCGAGCAGUGGUUAAGAUUCGAGGUUGGGCUGACCCUGAGAAAGGCCUACUGGAGGCGGACCACUUGGCAGCGAGCGAUGGGUACUACCAGUACUAUGGCGAGAGCGAACUCUCGAAGGGCAAGGCUUUAUACCACAUUUGCGGUGGGGCCCGGCGAGGGUGCAAUGUUCAUCUCCAUCGGGGUGAUCGACGUGAGCUUGUUCACCUGGAGAGAUGGAGGAUGAUCAACCCACUCCUCAUGAAAGAGGUGGAGUACUUGAGAAGGAUUGCCGAGGUUUGCAUGCGUGAGCAUGUUGUGAACUUCGCCCCGCGGGUCCCAGAGCCAGUGCUGCCCCCCAGAGGCGGCGACAUUGAUGCCUCGGGGAUUGACAAGGCAGUGGCUGAGGCUGCAGCAGAUGAUGCUGACUAUGAAGGAGGAGAGCGAAGGACCGAGGAGGGCCGUCUCCAAGUGGUGCCCCAGCCCUCUUCCCGGGGGGAGGGCGAGCUGUGGCGGCUAAGUCAACGACACCCCGGGCGCCUGCUGAAGAGCGGGAUGAAGGAGCUCGAGCGCUACCUAGCGGAUCGAGCAGGCGAGGGCACGAGCGAGGACGGAUGGGCACAGCACAAAGUGAUGGCGUACAUCAAUCAAGUCAUCCUGGCUGUCCACCCCAUGCAGUCCAUCGGCCUGCGCAACCACAGAGAACUCGUGACUUUGGGGACCAGCUUAGAUUUGCUGAUGAAUGGGAGGCUGGCAGAGCUGGGGGACUUGCUGAUGCAAAGACUCAAAGCCCUCGAAACAAGCUUGACCGAUCAGAACUGGUCAGCAGCUCGGCAUCAGGAGCUGAUACCGCCAGUGGCAGCCUCCUUGACUACUUUGGGAGAGCGGCACAGGACGGCCCGAGCCGAGUUGCAGCAGGUGAAGCUGAAGGAAGCGCUGCAGAAGCACAAGGAGUUGAGCUGGGCCAGGGGGCAAGGAGCCACGAGGAGCGACAUGCGACGAGAGGAGGAGAAGAAGCCGGCAGAGCGCGAGAGUGCCAUGCGGAAGCCACGGCACGAGAGCGAAGAGUCCCGGAGGCCCGUUGGCCAGGGGACCGUGCGACGGGUUCAGAUAGACGACCGCCCGCGCCAGAUUAUGAACGAGAAGGUAGCAAGCCAAAGGAGUGCUGUUUCAAGCCGGAUCGGGGGGAACUCCACAGAGCUCCUGGAUGUGAUGAGGGAGUGGCUGAGGGGCGAGAAUUGCGGGGAACUCACGACCUCUCAAUCAGGCGCCCUGCUUGUCUUGAUGAUCCACCGCAGUGGGACUAACUUGGGGAAUUACCUGGAGAAGUCCACAAAGCCGGGGUCAGUCGCAGGCGAGGGAGGCCCGAGGCAGCGGAGCCUCAUGCCUCUGCCGCUGUGGACUGACGUCCAGGAGGAGCUCAAGAAGGUUCUGGAGAGCGGUGAGUACAAGAGACUGGCGGGUAGUUGGGCUGCCAAAAAGCAGCAGAAGCAGAAGGCAGCAAAAGCCGUGAGGAGGUCCGGGCUCCUUAUAUGGCAUGGCCUCGUGGUGAUCUUGCUGAACCACCUGUGGACAGGGGGAGGUAACAGAGGACGAGUCCAUCAAGGGAGUACUACCCUUGCUCAGCAAAGGGCAUUGGAGAGACUUUGGGAGGUUGUGAAGGUUUUCUGCGAUGAUGCCUCGGAGUCAAAGGACAAGAUUCCCAAGUCUCCAUCAAUGGGAGAAUGGGGCAACCGCCUCGGAGAUGUCAAGAUCUCCUACACAGGGGAGAUUGUUGACAAAGCUCACAAGCUAACCCUGGCUCAGGUCCUGCCUGGUUUGCCCCCUGAAGGCUACGGAGCCUCUGUCCCGCUGGCCGAACUCUGCGAAGGAGAGUUGAGGGAACGCUUGGAGGACCCCCUGUCCAACCUACUGCCUGAGGAGGAGCUCCCUGAGAUCAUCCCAAAACCUCGGACUCAUGCUGACCAGGACCAAUGGGAGGCCAUUGUGAAGGUCUUGCAUGCCCGCGGCCUUGUGGAGCCGGUUGAAGACCCAGUGAAGGUCAAGGGGCUUCCGAUUGAGAACGGAGCCUUCGGAGUCGUGAAGCCUGGCAAGUAUUUGGAGGAUGAGCGACCGGUCCUGAGAUUCAUUAUGGACUUCAGAGCGACGAACAGUGUGAGCAGAGUGCUCACAGGAGAUGUGAAGAGCUUGACGGGCGCUGCGUCACUGCAGCACAUCGUGCUACCUGAAGGGAAGGUCCUGAGGAUGUCGGCUGAUGACCUCGUGGCGGCCUUUUACCUGUUUGCCCUGCCACGUGGAUGGAGCAGGCUCAUGUGCUUCGGAGGCCCUGUGGCCUGGAAGUCACUGGGCUAUGCCAGGGAAGGCCGUGUCCGGGUAGGAGCCACGGUCCUGCCCAUGGGAUGGGCGUCGGCGGUGGGAGUUCUCCAGCAUGCUCACCGCCGGCUAGCCCUUCGCAGCCCGUUGCGUGGCGGCGCUGGCUUUUUGGGACGGUGUGAAAUUAGGAGGGACAGUGUCUUCCCGAAUCUGGAGCUGGGAGAGUCGCUGUGGUCCCUGUACUUGGAUGAUACGGAUUUGAUUGAGAUCAUGGACAAACGGCUGGGAAAGGAGAUGGAAGGAAAGAAUUCCGAGGAGCAGCUGAGGCUUAGGAGGGCUUAUGAGCACUGGGGCAUCCCAAUCAGCUUGGAAAAGGCACUUGUGAGGGCGAAGCAGGCUGAAAAGCUCGGAGCGGUCAUUGACGGUGACCGAGGGCUUUUGAGGGCAGCAACAAGGCGUGCGCUAGAGAGCCUGUCCUUGGGUGCCUGGAUGCUGCGCCAGGAGGAGGUCCCACGGAAAGCCCUACAAGUUUUCUGCGGAAAGGAGGUCCACACUAUGCAAUUCCGUCGGCCUACCUUUGGGAUCUUCGACUACAUUUGGAAGGACAUCAGCGAUGGGGGGCCGAUGGUCCGCCUGGAGGAGAAGUCUGUCGAAGAGAUCUUGAUGGCAGGGAUGUCCCAGCCUUUGCGUUUUACCGACCUGAGGGCAAAGCUACAUGAAGUGGUGACCGCUUCGGACGCGUGCGAGACCGGAGGUGGGAUGGUCUACGGUGGAAAGUUGAGCGCGCAAGGCAUCAAGGAGUCUUUGUGCUUGGAAGGCAAACGGGACUACUAUCCGAUCGAAGCGGUGGAGCCCACGGACAAGCAAACCAUUUUGGUCUUUGACUGCUUUGCUGGAAUCGGAGGCUUAUCGCAGGCUUUGAAGCUUGCUGGUGUCGAGGUAAAUCGGCUGGUGGUCAUCGAGAUGGACAGCUCCUGCAGGAGGCUGAACCUCACAAGGUGGCCAGGAUGCGAGGUCAUGCUGGACAUCCAGAAGAUCAAGAAGAGUGACCUUGAAAAGGUCAUGCGGAGUGUGCCUGGGUUGACGGGAGUCAUUACCGGAGGUGGCUCCCCAUGUCAGGGGCUUUCAAGGCUUUCCUCAAACAGGCAACAUCUUGAUGAUCCUCGGAGUGCUUUGUUCUACAAGUUCGGGGAGGUGCUCCGCUGGGUGAGUGAGCUAGCGGCUGCCAUGAAGAUAUGGGAUGUUCAGUUCGUCGAGAAUGUUGUCGGGGAUGACGAAGACAUCUCCGAGAUGAGCGGUGAACUGAACCGCAGGCCAAUCUACUGCUGCGCCAGUGGACUUUCUAGGGUCAGGCGGCCCAGACUGUACUGGCGCAACGUGGAAAUGGGGGACCAUGAGAGCUUUGGGCGCGGGCACACAGCCUUGUACGACAUCAUUGAGUUCAACGAGAAGCGUGAGCCACUUGAGGAUGUGAUCGAUGCUGGAUGGGAGUGGCCCGCCGGCAAGGCUGACCCCAGCCUUUGCUUGCCAACUUUCACGAGGGCUAUCCCAAGGACAAAGCCUCCGGCAGAGCCCGCGGGGUUGAGGCUAUGUGACCAGGAAACAGUUGGGAGGUGGAAGGAUGACUUGAUGAAGUAUCCUCCUUACACCUACCAGCAGCAAUAUCUCAUGGAGUGCAAGGGUGAAGCUGAUAAGAAGCGGGUUGCCUCCGUCACGGAGCGUGAGCGUUUGAUGGGCUAUCCUGCUGGCUACACCCUUGCGUUGCACAAAAAGGACCCUACAAACACAGAGGAGGAGUUCAGGCAGCAGGUGGCGCGUGAGGCGGCCAUUGGCAACUCCUUCCAUGCUGUGAAGGUGGCGUGUCUUUUGGACCUCUGGCUUUGGACCGCUGGAGUGCGGACUGACCCCAAGGGCGCUUCAAAGAUUGUAGAGGAAUGGCACCAGAUGAUGCGCACUAGGAGGUACAACGACGAGGGCCUGAUGGAAGGAACGGAGGUGACCCAUGCAACGUCUCUGAAUGAGAAGGAGGAAGAAGACAGGCUGCUUCAAAUAGAAAAGCCGCCAGGGCUGAUGGAGUGGCUGAGGAUGAGCAGCAGGGAUGGUGAGCGUCUUCCAGACCCGAAGCUCCUGGCAGCCCGGCUGGUUCACCAGUACCUUCGCCGGGCCGAGUUUAGAGGAUCUGACGUGAGGCUAGAUCUUCAAGUAGUCUACAGACCAGAUGCGGUUGCCCGAACAACCGUGGACCCACGGAGGUGGGUCUGGAAGGUGGCUCACUCCUACAAGUGGGAUCGCCGUGAACACAUCAACGUGCUGGAAUUGCGGGCUAUUCUUCAUUCGCUGGAAUGGCGAGCCAGAUCUGCAACGUUCCACUCCUGCCGCUUUUUGCGUUUGAGCGACUCCCAGAUCUGCUUAGCAGUCCUUGCAAAGGGGAGGAGCUCAAGCCGCAAGUUGAAUCGCAUUUUGCGAAAGAUUGCCGCCCUCUGCAUCGCCUUGAACCUCUACCCUCUUUGGGCUUGGAUCGCAUCCAAGCUCAACCCAGCGGAUGAGCCGUCCAGACGCUAUGAGCCGAAGGACAAUUAA